CCAUGCUCCUCUUUUCGGGGAGGAACGUAGACCGGACACGAGAGAGCGGCGGAAAUCGAGCCUACCUCGAAAUAAUCAUGUUUAAAUCUCUGAGAGGCUCUCAGCCCGCAAAAUGGGGCGCGUGUAAAUGUCCUUUGGCGUCCCAUAUAUAUUAUAGCCUAGCCUAUCGCUUGCUGCGAAGGCUUCUGUACCAAACCUGGAAAUAUAAAGUUUGGAGAAAAUAUGUACCUCUACCCGGACCCUCGUCUGGAGACUAUCAGAAAUAUUAUAUGAAGUACCUAGACCGCUGAUGUACCGACGGCGCCUUUCAAUUGACCAAACAAUGUUCGACCACGUGCGGCCCCUUUCUCUGAUGUUUUACAAAAGACGCGAACAACUACAGCAGACUGCUUGGAAAUAUGGAAGCAGGCAGUGUAAUGAACCAGGAUAUGCAGGGUUCUAAUGGUAAUGUAAUCAACCAUUUGGACACCGUUACACCAAGCGUCGACAAGUUCCAAGGUGGAGAAUCUGCAAACAGUCUGAAGUGUUACUAUUGCAUAGAAUGCAACAAGUUAUUUCAACUUAAAUCUGAAUUGAUCGAGCAUCAAAGAUGGCACUCUAGUGAAAGGGCAUUUGCCUGCAAAGAGUGUAACCAGUUUUUCAACUACACCAGUUCUCUUUUGGAGCAUUUACGCACGAUGCACUCUGGAGAAAUGACAUUAUGCAAACUUGCCGAAAUCACCUUCGGGUCAAACCCAGCUGUUCAGUCAUCUAAGAACUUACCAUGUCUUUAUUGUCCAGAUUGCAACAAACUAUGUAAAAGUAAUUCUGAAUUGAAAAGACAUCGAAGAAUGCACACGGGCGAGAGGCCAUUCACCUGUGAAGAAUGCAACAAAAGGUUCAACUAUAAAAGCUCUCUUUUGGAACACUUGCGUGUGCAUUCAGGAGAAAAGCCUUACAUAUGCACUGAGUGCAACAAGUGCUUUAGACAAGGGUCGACUCUGAACCGGCAUAAGAAAAUACACACAGGUGAGAAACCUCACAAAUGUGAAGUCUGUGGGAAGUGCUUUUCUGCAAGGAAAGGCCUUAAAGAACACAAAGUGACUCACAAUUGCAAGCAGCCAUUUUAUUGUUCCAAAUGUCGCCAGUACUUUGUAAGAGAGAGAUCACUGCUCAGGCAUAACAGAAAGGAACACUUCAGUGAGGAACCAGCCCGUGAUAGACUCGAGGAUGACAAGCCAGACAGAAGUCUUCAGGCCGGUGGUGGCGUUACAAAUGGUGAUGAGUUUGAACAAAUCAGGUCUGCAGAGAUUGUAGUUAAAGUGGAGAAACCAGAUGAGGAGGCAUUGAGCCUUGAGAUGCUAGUAAAGUCCAGUGAACUUCUGAAUGAUCUAACUGCAGAAGUCAAUAGGGAUGCUCAAGAAUGAGGUGGAAAAAGUUCUUAGGUUUCUUCAACAAGAACUGGGCAUCAACCAUGGCCAUCUUCUUCUCAGGAGGGGGGCAGGGGAUUUCCAUAUAACAAGAACAGAAAAAGAGUCAAUGUCAGUUACUGUGUUGUUUGAGAAUUGGUACCUCUUACAGGGUUAGAAAAAUUUCAAGCCACCCACAAAACAAGAUCUUGGUACCUCUUGGGGCUUCUUUUCAAAAUUUACGACAAGCACCCCCCUCCUUUUUGUAAGAGAGUUCGCUCCCCGAGGGGGCAUCUUCUAUCUAGAUAAUGCCUUUUAUGAGCUAACUUGCAUUACAUUGUUGACCCUGUUGUUUAAUAUUAUUUAUGAAUUGUCUGAUUCUGUCUUGUCACAUGCAAUGUGGUGUUAAAAAUGUUGAUUAAUUAAAAUCUGCAUGUAUUAAUACAUAGUUAAAUUUUGUUUAACAUGAUGUGAACAAAUACAACUUCUUUCUUUUGUUUCUUAUUCUCUUUAUCUAUGUACAGUGCAUGAAAUAUUUAUAUACAAUCUUGAAUUUUCUGACAGUUUGCCAGGGCACAUAAAGUUUUCUUCUCUUUUCUUCAAGAUGAAUAAAGCAAAUUAGUGGAUAUGAACUUAUCGUUGUAAUGCAGAGUAGCUGAAGCCUGCAGCAGUUAGGAGCUGUACAUGUGACUUAGUUUUUCAGUGACAUGUUUUGUUUGGAUAAUGACAGACAUUUCAGUCUAUUCGUAAGCAUUGACACCAAGAGAUACAACACUAACAUGUCAUUUCAGAAAAAAUCUAUUCUUUACUCAUGAAAGGUUUUUGGUUUGAAACCCACUAGCCUGCAUGGCAGGUAGGAGGGGAGGGAAAGGGGAAAAAACAAGCGUGUGAAGCGCAUGAUGGUAGGUCCCUCCUCGAAGCUUGCUCAAUUCCUCCUGUGCUCAUUUCGACCCUUUUCCUUCCCGUCUAUGGCCUGCCAUGCAGGCUAACCACCCACGGAACCCCUCUGAAAAUUACAGUUAAGCUUCCUACUUUCUUACAAGGAGUAGGAAUGGAUAUGUUCUGGAACUGCACAAUACAAAGCUGUCAUGGUAUGUAUGGUAGACACUCGUGAUGUUCUUCUGCAAACUCACAAAUAUAUUUGGUUCUCCAGUUAUUGACCUUUUAACAAUCAUUCCAUAACACUGUGGUGGAUGAUAUCAUAGGGAAAAAGUUGAUGCAUGAAAUGUGAAAAUUAGCUAAAGGACAAAUGAGUUGUGAAUUAAGAGUAAAUCUACUAUGAAAAGUGCAAGUGACAAGUAAAUUUUGUCAAAAUUUGGGAGUGAAACAGAGUUUCUGCCCUGCCCUCUUUUGCUACUAAUACUCAACAAGACAGGUUGCACCCGGCUGGCCUCUCAUAUCCAACAAGCUCAAAUGGGAUAACACCCGAAAUCUUGGCAAUUAUUCCAGUUUAAAGGCCAGAAGACCACUGUUGCCAGCUAUGGUGUUGGGUAUUGUAUAAUGGCUGACAGUCAAUGGUUGCGAAGCAGUGGCCGAUCUAGGGGAGCCCCUUAUUUUGUGUGAAAAAGAAGAAAUCAAAGAAAGAAGAAAAGCCUGCAGGGCAAGCAAAUCAACC